UUUGAGUUAAAACAAUAAAACCUCCACACUUAACCAUAGUAACUUAACUCCCUUAAACCCCAGUUAAACCCAACCUUAGUUAAAAUCCUCCUAUAAAAACCCCUUCAUUUUCAACACUCCCUUACUUCCCUCUCUUUCUCUCUCUAAAACCAUUAACAAUGGCUUCCGCCAUGAAAACCACCGUAAUUUUCUCUCUCCUCUCGAUCAUCGCCGUAUGUCACGCUCACAACAUCACUGAAAUCCUCUCCUCCGACCCGAGUCUCUCCCAGUUUAAUUCCUACCUCACACAAACAAAACUCGACGACGAAAUCAAUUCCCGCCAAACCAUCACCGUCCUCGCUCUCGACAAUGGCGCAAUGUCCACCUUCACCUCCGGCAAGCCGUUAUCAGUUGUCAAAAACCUUUUAUCACUCCAUGUAUUGCUCGAUUACUACGACCCGAAGAAGCUCCACUCCAUCGCCAAUGGCACGGUCUUGACCACAACAUUGUAUCAAACCACCGGGUCCGCCUCUGCCCAAGAAGGUCAGGUCAAUAUCACUGAUCUCAAGGGCGGGUCGGUCGGGUUCGGGUCGGGUGAAUCCGGGUCAAAGCUAAACUCUACGUACACGAAAUCUGUCAAGCAGAUUCCGUACAAUAUCUCUGUACUUGAGAUCAGUGCUCCGAUCAUUGCUCCGGCGCUGCUCACCGCCGCCGGCUCCGACGUGAAUCUGACGGCGGUGUUGGACAAGGCCGGUUGCAAGACAUUUGCAUCGCUGAUUUCGUCGAGUGGAGUUUUGAAAAUUUUCCAGAAUCAAAUGGAGAAGGGAAUCACCAUUUUUGCGCCGACUGAUGAAGCUUUCAAAGCGAAAGGUGUUCCAGAUCUCAGCAAAUUGAGCAAUGCUGAGGUUGUCUCUCUCCUCCAAUUUCACGCGCUUAGCAGCUACUCUCCCGUCGGAACCCUAAAAACGACGAAAGGUAAGUUAGCCACGUUGGCUCCCGGCGGCGGAAAGUACGAUCUAUCUCCGUCGACUUCCGGCGACACUGUUACGCUUCAUACUGGCGUCGAUUCUUCUAGAGUCGCCGGAACUUUGCUCGAUUCAACUCCUGUUGUCGUUUACUCCGUCGAUAAUGUGCUUUUACCGGUGGCGUUGUUCGGAGAAUCUCCGGCGCCGGCACCUGCUCCGGAGAGUGAUUCUCCGUCUCCUGCUCCUUCACCGGAAGCUGAUUCUCCUUCUCCGGCGAGUACUCCGGCGUCUUCGCCGCCUUCUCCGGCGUCAGCUGAGUCUCCGGCGGGUGAAUCUCCGGCGGAACGUCCAGGAACCGAUGCCGACGACAGUAGCCCGAAGAAUGGUGUUGCUCAGAGAAAAGGUUCCACGUUGUUUAUUGCAGUUGUUUUGUCAGUGGCAUUCGGCGUAAUUUCGUUGGUACUUUAGGGAUAGGAUUGUCUUUUUCUUCCACGUCCUUUUCCUCGGUUUGUUAAUUACGAGUAAAUGUUAUUAUUACCGUUUUUACUUUUUUUUUAAAUUAAUUGAUUUGGUUUUAGUUAGAAUAGAAGAGUGAGAUUUAUUAGUAUGGUUUGGACUUGGGUUUGACUGAGAGAGACAGAUUCCACUUGUUCAUGAUACUGUGAUUAAUUAAUUUAAUCGUGUCUUUUCUUCUCUUUUA